AUGGCUGCUGCUCAGCAGGUCUACAACACUUUCGAGCUUCUUGAGAUGAUACUUGGAUACCUGCCUGCUCGAGAUGUACUGCGAUGCGAAGCAGUAUGUCGCCAAAUGCAGUUCGUAGCGAAGACUUCUCUUCCGCUCAGACAGAAGCUGCAUCUGGAAGCCAACCCAACAAGCUCGCUACUCACAGCUAAUGUUGAGCCGAGAUUCUUCCACACGUAUCACGCGAUCGGUAUUGGGCAGCAUUUCGCAUGUGGGGAGAUUGAGCUCUGGCGGCUUCCUCGUCGUGAUGAAAGUCAUGGGAGCUGGCGUAGGAUGUUUCCGUGUCAGCCAGCUCCGGCUGCUAUUUUGCUUGGAGUUCCGAGAAGAUAUUCGAAAAGACCACUGUUGACGGCAGGAGAAGGGCAACAAGGUGUUACAUUCGGCAUGAUUAUGGACACACUGUUCAAGUAUUCUGAUGAGACGGCCUGGGAGCAGGGCAUGAGAGCAAAGUUCUAUGCCUUGAGCGAAGCUGAGAUUCCGUUCUUCAUGGCGCGAUACGACUGCGAACAAGUGUCUAUGGGAACAAGAGGGACGACGUGAAGUCAAGAGAACAUCAGAGAAUGACACUCACUUGAGCACAAAUGCUCUUGCUGUGCCAUUGUAGAUGUACGCUGAGAUACACCACAUGGUCCCUCGAUAACCUCUCGACAACAAUGCAGUCGCAGAACGCCAAAUAUAACCUAGGUCUU